AUGGACUCACUCUCGCGUAUGACGUACACCGAAUUACGAGCUCCCGCUGCAGCUCCUUCGAGGCGGCUGCAAUGGAGCUCAUCGUUGGCCACUCGACGACAUGCAGUGGUUUUAGUGUCAUUUGUUUGCACGGUUUUUCUGUUCUGCGAUGCCGUAGAUGCAGUGGCUGCCAAAGUAACUCCCGGCUGUGGUGGGAGUGACAAAGGUGCCGUAUGCACCUGCGAUGAAACCUCCAAAGCUGAGAACCCACUGACGGUGAUCAUAUCAGAGGGGAAGAAUACGCUCCAUCUGCAGUGCAAGGAGCCCCUGGUUUAUGCCCCAGACCUAUUGAAAAAGAAGACAGUAGGCAAUGCAGAGAAUACAACCUUGAAAUGCACCGGCGGCGAGCAGACGUCUUCAUGUAUUGACAUCGACCAGCUGCUCUUUGGAUCCCCAACCGACGUUCAUUGGACGGACGCCACACCGCUUGAGAAAGCAGACGGACAAUCCAAGAGCCUGACCAUUCCAUCAGAAAACCUUCCGUACGUUGACGGGCAAUUUGUAGUUGGUUGCACUGAGAAAGGAGGAGGAAACCCCAAGUGUAGAGUCGCCGUGACUGUGAAGGCCAGAGCUAGCGUGGCAGACGGUCAGACUGUCACUUGCGCCUACGGCACCAGCAGCAACACUUCUCACCAGACUGUGACUUUGAGCCAAGCCAAGAACAGCUUCACUCUGGUCUGUGGAGAAAAGGGAGCGGUGUUGCCGACGAACUACAAAGCUGCGUACUGCUCCUCGGAAAUAAAGGACGGGGAAGACACUUGCGGUGGAGACUAUAAGACCAUGCUUCCUGGCUAUGCGGAGAAGUGGUGGAAAACAGAUGCCCAACGCAACUCCUUUGCAUUUUCGAUUCCCGUUGACGAGUUCCCGAAAAAUGAGGCAAAUAUGGUGGUUGGUUGUCAGCAGAAGCCGUCAUCCGGAGGCGAGGGAAUUCCAGAAGGCGUAUCAGGCUCAACGGUAUGUAGUGUUGAAGUGACUAUCGAUCCUAGUGCAUCCUCAUCCAUAAUUACGAGGGUGGAAGGCGUGCGCUUUUUGUUCGUUGUUGCCCCAACGCUUGCCGCAAUCGCCAGCGUGUAG